AUGGCUCCCAAGGUUAACAUGUUACACAAUGCCAAGGGCACGUUGAGGGGAUGGGCUGACCGCUAUUCUGCCCCAUACCCCUCUGAUGUGCAGCACGGUCCAACCGAGGGCUCGUGGCCUGAUGUAUAUCAGAGUAUAGGGAUACGUCACCUGGAACUCGUAUUCGGAAAUGAAACUACGGGCCAGGCACCAGGGAAACAGAACAGCCGGAAGCGGAGCCCCAGACGGUUUUCGGCACAAAAGAAAACUGGAGAUUUAUGA